AUGAAAAAAGCAAAAAGAGGGAGGAAGCAGCGGGGCUGGCAAGCCGCGGAUACGAGAGGACGCGGGGGGAGGGGAGAGCAGAGGAAGGAAGAGGGGGAGAGAAUGAAAGAAGUACGAAAGAAAAGGAAAAAAAGAAAGGCAGACUGCGAGAAGGAAGAGAGAGGAGAAGAGAAGGAAGUGAAGAAGUGUGCGGAAGCGCUACGAACACGAGCAGUAACGAAGCACAGAGAGGAGGCCGAAGAAGAAGGAAAUGAGGGCCGGAUGAGCCGGCGGAGAGGAGAGGGAGAGGGGGAGCGCGGGGGGCCGGGAACAGGGGUGGCAAAAGGGGGGCAAACGGCGGGAAGGAAAAAAGAAAGGGGCAGCGGCCGGAAGAGAGGCGGGGGGCCGGCACGGCACAAAGAGGAGCCGGGGAGAGAGCAGAGAGGGGGGACAGAGGAGGGACAGGGGGCAAGAACGAAAAAAGGGCGGAGAGGGGCGAAGGGGAAAAGGGCGCGGGCCAAGGAGAAGAGGCGGGGGCGAGGCCCGCGAGCCGCACAAGAGCAAGAGAAAGGAAGCGAGAGAGCGAGAGAGGAAGAGAGGAAGCGAGGGGCAGGGGGAGAAGCGGGGGAAGAAGAAAAAAAAAAGAAGAAGGAAGAGGAGGAAGAGGGAGGAGGAAGAGGGGCAGGGCCAAGGGGGAGCCGGGGGCGGGCGAGGGGAGGGAGGCGAGGCCGCCCCCGCCCGGCCGGCCAACCCCCAAAACGGGGGGGAGGCAGGACGAGGGAAAGGAGGCAAACCGCAAAGGGGGGGCAAAACACGAGGGGGCGGAGACAGGAGGGGAACCCGGGACCGCAAGGGGAGGAGCCGGGCGAGCGACCAAACGGCGCGACCCCGCGCGGAAGAGAAAAACAGAAAACGAAGAGAGAAACAAGGGGGGAAGGCGCCCCCGACCGGAGCGGGACAAAGAGAAGAACCCAGGGAGACAGAAAGGGAAAGGGCCGCGAGGAGCAGCGACCAGAGAAAGGAAGCGGGAAGCCGGACCAACGCGAGCGGGGGGCGCCGGGCAAGAGGCAGGCGGGAACCAGGGCACGAAGGAGGGGGCCGGAGAGGCCAAAGGCGCGAGAGGGAGCGCGCGGCCGGCCGGGCAAAAAACAACGGCGAGGAAGGCGGGGAGGGGCACGAGGCCGCGGGGGGGAGGGGAACGGGCCAGAAAAGGCCCAGGGGGCACGCAACAAAGCAACGGGGCGGAGGGCGGGGGGAGGAGCGACGAAGCAAAGGAGAGGCAGGGCCAAGGGGGCCGGGGCGGCGCCCGCGGAAGCAAACGGGCCGGGCCAGAAGGGGGGAGGGCCGAGGAAGAGCGGAGCCAGAAGACAAGGCGAAGCCGAGAGGGAGAAAGAGAAAAAGGGGGAGCCCCCCGCCGGCGAAAGAAAGGAGAGGAGCGCGGAGACAACACAGGAAAAGGAACCAAAGGACCCGAGGGAGAGGCAAGGAAGAAAGCAGCAGAAGGGAAGAGAGAACCGACAGAAAAGGGGGCGAAGCCAACGAAGCGGGCGGGCACAAGAGAAAGGGCCACGGGGGAGCGCGCCAGCGAAGCAAAGGCGCCAAAGGGGGGCGGGCGGGAGCCCAGGCGAAAGGGGCAAGCAAGGCCGGCCAAGAGCCACGCCAAGAAAGGAAGAACAGAAAGCCAGGAGCCCAAACAAGAGGGCCAAAGAAGAACAGCCAGGCCCAGACCGAGAAACGAGGCAGACCAAAAGGGGGAGAGCCAGGGAGAAGGGGGGAAGAGGGGAACCAGAAAGAAGCGCGGAACCAGCCCAGCAAAGAAGGGGAAGAGCAGGAAACGGGGAAACGGGACCCGGCCAGAAGGGGAGGGGGGCCAAGGCCAAGAAAAAGGAACCCAGCCAAGAGGAGGGAACAGCCAAAAAACGGCCAAAGAAAAGGCGGCCCAGGCCGAAAGAGCACAAGGACCGCCGCGGCCGGGGCCAGCACACGGAAAACGAGAACCAAAAGCCGGGGAGCGGGCAGGAACGGGGAACCACGGGCAGCGAAAGCACCGGGGACGAAGAGCAAGGGAGGGGAGGGAAACCCAGAGCAAGAGCAGGAGGAACCAAAAAGGCGCCGGGGCCGAGGGGAAGAAGAAGGAAGGACGGGGGCAGGAACAGCAGGGAACCAACCCGGCAACCAGAGGCGGCGGCCCGCAGGGAAGGCCGGCCCGCGCGGGGAAGACAAAAGGACAGCGAACCCAGAGGAAGGGGACCAGGAGCGGAGGGAGCCAGGGAGCAAAGAGAGGGGCGAGCAAGAGGGGCGGCGCCGGGGGACCAAAGGCAAGCAGGACAGCAGGAGGAACAGAAAGGCCCAAGGGAGGGAAGCCAAAAAGAGACGAGCCCAACGGAAAGGAGAGAGGAGAGCGGCGGGAGGAGCGAACAGGCGGGCCAAGACAGGAGCGGCAGGGGGCGCCGGAGGGGAAGCGCGAAGGAAAAAGAGAGCGCCAGGAGCAAAAGCGCCGGGCAGGAGGAAGCCGGCGAGAGACGGGGGAGGGGGAGAGAAGGCAGCGGGAGGAGGAAAGGCGGGGGCGAGGAAGGCAGAAGCAGGGAAAGAGGACAGGGGGGAGCGACCAAGGAAGGAAGAACCCGAAAGAAGCGAGAGCAAGGCCGAAGGGAAAAGGAAGCGAAGGAGGGAGGGGGGCAGAAAGACCCGGAGGCCCACGACCGAGGCGGCCGCCCGGAGGAAGAGGGGCAGCGAAAAGAGCGGGCAGACGGGGCCCAAGCCCGAAAGGGGGGCGAGACAGAGGACCAGCAACGAGAAAAAGAAAGGGAAGAGCGAAAGGAGGGGGGGCAAGAGCCGGGCAGCCAGAAACGGGGCGGGGGGGGAGGAAAGCCCCGAGAAGCGGGAGAAGGGCAGGGCCGGCGCCGGGGAGGGCCCAAAGAAAGGACGACGGGAAGCGGGGGGGGAGCAGAAAGAGGCCACGGACCGGGAAAAAGGGGGCCGAAGCCGGGAGGGGGCGGGAAGACGGCGAAGAAAGGAGGCCAGCGAACGGACGCCCCGCGGGAGGCAGGAAGAGCAACAGGGACGAAAGGCCCGGGCCAAGCCAAGGAACGGACGCCAAAGAGGCCGGACAAAGGAGGAGGCAGCCGGGAGGCGGCAGGGGGAACCACGAAACGCGCGGGGGCCACGGCGGGGGGAGGGGGAACCAACCGGCGAGGAAGGAGAGGGCAGAAAGAAAGAAGAGAAAAAGAGCGCCAGGAGAAAGAGCGGCAGGAGGGCGGAAACCGAGGGGAGACCACCACGGAGAAACACCAGAAGAAGCGAGAGGCACCGGGCCGAGAGCACCCCCGCGAGGAAAAGCGGCCACGGCCGGGGGACCAAAAGGAGGAGCCCAAAGGGCAGGAGCAAGAGGGCGGACAGGGAAAGGGGCCGGGACCCACGACGCAAAAGGGCCGGGCCAAGCGACAGGAAACAGAGGGCCGGAAGGCCACAGAAAAAGGAGGGCGAAGGGACCGAAGGGCGAAGCAAAAAGAGGCGGAGAAAGACGGGCCGCAGGAAGAGCAGCAGGACGCGCGAAGGCAGGGGCGGGAGCAAGACCAAACCAAAGACGACGAGGAGGGGGGGCCGGAGCGAAGCCGGGGCGAAACCGGGGAAAGCGGAAGGCCAGAAGGCCGGGCAAAGCCGCCGAGCCAGGAGCCGACGGCAAGAAGGCGGGCGAAGAAGAAGGCCCAGGGGGGGGCAAGGCCACCCAGAAGGGAAGGGGGGACGCCGACAGCACGCCCGGGGACAAGGCGCAAGGCGCGGGGCGGAGGAGCAGGAGCAACGGGGAAGGGAGGAGGAGCCCAAACGAGGGAGGCAAGAAGGGCGGGCCAAGAACCACGGCCACGGAAGAGAAACAGGAAACGAAAAGCCCAGACAAAAGGAGCACCGAAGAAAAAAAGACCGGAGGCAGAGAAGGAAGAACCAGAAGACGGAAGGACCGGGGAGGCCGGGGCCCAGAAGAAAGCGCGGAGCCACCCAGGAAGAGGAAGAGAACGCGGCGCAAAGGGGCCGCCCGGGAGAGGAGGGAGGACCCGGGAGCGCGGAGACGGCCCCAAACAGCGGACGGCAGGGCCAACGGAAAGGGAAGAGGACGACCGAAAGGGAAGGGGACAGCCAGAAGAGGCCGAAAAAGACAGGAGCCCAGGCGGAGACGGGACAGGGACCCCCGCGGCCAGGGCCAGCACAAGGAAAACGAAAACCAAGAGGGGCGGGAGCCGGGAGCAAACGGGAACGACGAGCAAAGAGAACACCGGGCAAGAGGAGCAAGACCGGCACAGGAAGCGGAAAGGCAGGAAGGGGAGGGACCAAGAAAGCGGCGGGGCCGAAGGGAAGAGGCACCAAAGCGACGGGGCCACCCACGGCGACAAAAGCACCACCCCCCCAAGGGAAACGGGGGCGGGCGGGGGCACCAGGAGCGGGGGCACCGGGGGCGAAAGCAGGGGGGGGGGGAGCCAGGGAGCAAAAACGGGGGGGAAGGGGAGAGCGGGAGCGGAAAACAGAGCGGGAGGACGCCCGAAAGCGCGCAGGGGAGCAGGAGGAAGAGACAAACCAAAACGGGGAAAGCCGAGAAAGAGACAGGCCCAGGGGAGAGGGGAGAGGAGGGCAGCACGAGGGCGAAGGACACGAGCCAAGAGAGCGGGGGAGCGAGGAGGGGGAGCAGAGGCGCGGACCAGAAAAAGGGCGGCAGGCGCAGCAGCACCAACGAGAAGAAAGCCACCAAGCCACAGGGGAGGGGGAAGAAGGACAGGGGGGGACCAGAGGCAGGAGCCAGAGAGGGAGAAGGGGGCAGGGAAGACAGAGGGGGAGCGACAAGAAGGGGGAAAGAGCCGAACAGGGCGAGGGGAAGAGAGAAGGGAGCAGGCCAGGACGGGGGAGGAGCGCAGAGAGGCCGGGAGGGCCCGGACCCGGAAAGGGACCCGGAGGAGCGGCGAAAAGGGCGGGGAGGCCAGGACCAAGGCCCCAGGGGGGCCGAGACAGGGGACCCGCGAGCAGGAAAAGAAGGGCAAGAGCGAAAGGAGGGGGGGCAAGAGCGGGCAGCCACAGACCCCCAGGGACGGGAGCGAAGCCCCCACGAAACGGAAGAAAGGCGGCAGAGGGGGACCAAGGCAAGGGGAAAAAGGGGGGGGCGCCCGCGGCAAAACGGGGAGAAAGGGGAGCCAGAAGAGCGCGAGGCAAGAGAAAGGCAGGAGGAAGGGGGAGCGCGGGAGGAGCGACGCCAGCGGGGAGAAAGGGGGGAAGCGGGAAAGAGACAGGGACGGGAGGCCCCGCCCAAGCGAGAGACCCAAGGCCGAGGAGACCCGCCAAAGGGGGAGGCAACAGAGAGGCGACAGCGGGAAACCAAGCCAAGGGGGGAGCCGCGGGAGGAGAAGGAAACCAACCAGCAAAAAGCAGGAACGCGGCAAAGACCAAGGCACCAAGGGCGGGACAAGAGAGGGGGAAGGCACGAGGGAGGCCAGACGCGCGCCACAGCGGAAAAAAACCAGAGGGGAGGGGAGGCCGCGGAAACCCCCGCCCACAGCACCAGGCAAGAGGGCGGGGCCCACGAGGGCCAAACCACCGGGGCACGAGGCCCAAGGGGAGGGGGAGCACGGAGCCACGCGGCAGAAGGGGAAAAAACGAGCACCGGGGAAAGACAGGCCGCGCAGCCAAAGAAAGAGGAGGGAGAGGGGCCCGAAAGGGGCACGAAAGACGGGCGGGAGAGCGCCGCCAAAGCACGAGGAGGGCGAGCGAAAGCGGGAGCAGCAGCAGGGAGGGGCCAGAGCCAAGGGGGAGGAGCGGGGCCGGGGGCGAGGGGCGGGAGAAAGGGCCCGGGGGGCCCAGGCCGCGAAAGAGGGGGGACGGGAGCCCGAGCGACCAAAAGGGGACGGCGGGGGCCGGGCGAACGAAGAAGCAGGGAGGCCGCCGCGGGCCGGACAACACAGACAAAGAAACCCGCCAACAGGCAGGAGGGAACCGGGGGGAGAGGGGCGAGAAGGCGGGGGGGCGCGGGGGCGCCCAGCGAGCGAGGGGCGGAGGGAGGGAGAGGGAGGGACGAGAGCAAGGAGGAGCGAGAAGGCGAGCCCGGGCAAGGGGGCGAAGCGAGGAGGACAGAGACGGGAGGCGCGCAACGGACCGGGGGCAGCGGAGAAAAACCCCGGGGGCGGGGCAGGGAGCCAAAAACGGCGGGGGGGGCAACGGAGGGCCGAGGCAGAGCGCAAGGAGAAGCGCGGAGAGGGGGCCGGGGCAGCGGGGACAGAGAAGAGAGGAAGGACCCGAGGACCGAACCGAGGCAAAAGCGCCCCGAGGCGAAAGCAGGCGAGCAACCAGGACGAAGAGCCAGGCCCGGAGAGAGAGGCAGGCGAAGGGGCGGGAGGACGAGGAGGGGGAAGACGAAGACGGCGGGCGGGGAGGAAAGAAAAAGAAAGAAGGAGAGGGAGGGGGGACGCGAGCGGGCGAGGGGAGGCGGACAAAAGACCAGAGGAAAGAGAACGCGGAGGAAAGCAGAGAAGGAAAGGAGGGGAGAAGGGCGGCCAAAAGAAAAGGAAGGAGCCAGGGGGGGGAACAGAGCGAACAAAAAAGGGAACAAACAAGGCAGGAAAGAGAAGGAAGGCAAACAAAAAGAAGCGAAAAGAAAAGGCGAAAGAAGAAGAAAAGAAGAAGAAAGAAGAAGAAAAAAGGCACGCGGGGAGGCGAAACGCCCCGGGAGCGGCAACCAAGGAGGCGCGGCAAGAGAAGGACCGGGAGGAAGCGCGAGAGCCGGGGGCCAAGACGCAGCGGCGGGAGCGAACCAAGGCGCCGCAAGGGCAGAAGCGCCGGGGGAAGGGCCGGGCGCCCCGGGCGGAAGAGGGAGGGCAAGGCCGGCCCGGAGAACCGGACGGGAGAGGGGCCGACCGCAGACGGCGCAGCAGCCAACGCGGGGGGGGCCCGGGGGCAGCGACCAGAGCGAAGGAAAGCGAAGAAGAGGCCGCAGGGAGCGAGCGCAGGGGGCGGGGGAACCAAAAGAAGGCAAGGACACGAGGGGCAAACGGAAAGGGGGAGGAAGAAGCCGGGGCAGCGGGGGGGAGCGGGGGCCCACCGGCAGAAGAAGAAAACAAACAGAGGCAGGGCCCCGAGCGGGAGAAGGGGCGGAAAGGGAACGAGCGCGGGGCAGAGAGAAAGGGAGAGAGAAGCGGGGAAAAAGAAGGGCCGGCAGAAGAAAAGACGGACGAGCGGGGGGAGCGGAGCCGACACCGCGGCGCAAGACGGGAGGGGACCGACGCGAGGACAGAAGGGGAGGCCGAAGGGGAGCGCACAGCAGGAGAGAGGGGGGCGCCGAGCAGGAGCAGGACAGACGGACGCAGGGAGGAGGGGAGGGGCCCCAAAACCGCGCAAGGGCAGCGGGACGGGGCGGCCGCGAGAGGCGAGCAAGGAGACCCCGGGGAGCCGGAGCCAGAGAAAAAGGGCGAGGCGGCGGCCGGGACGGCGAGGACGGGCGCGCGGGGCGACAGCGGAGAAAAAGCGGGGGGGAGACGAGGCAGAGGGAGAAAGCCGCGGCGGGGGCGAGGAGGGACGAGAGGGGCGGGCGGGGGGCGGGCGAGAGGGGGAGAGGCGCACGGAAGGACAGAGCACGGCCAGAGGAGGACAAGCGGGGGGGAAGAAGGGAGGCGGGCGAGGGCGCGAAAAGAAGAGGCCAAAGCGGGCGGAGGGGCGCCAGGACGGGGGGGGAGAAGACCGAGAGGAGAGAGGAGAGAACGGCGAGCAGAGGGAGCAAGGGCGAAGCGCAGAGCGGCAGAAGAAGGCGGGAAAGCGGCCGCAGAAGGGCCGGCGGAGGGAGCCGACAGCCGGGACGGGCGGGAGGCAAGGAAAAGAAGCGCCGGGCCAGAACCGGACAGGAGAGGGGCACCGCAGACGGCGCCGCCGGAGGGGCAGAAGGAGAAGAAGGCAGGGAAGCAAAAAGAGCAAAAGAGGCGCAGGAGGAACGGAGCGGGGCGAGGGGGGGACAAGAAAGCGCGAGCCAACCGGCCGGCAAGAGAGCGGGGCGGAACAGCAAACCGGGGGAGAGGAGAGAGAAAGGAGAAGAAAACCGCAACAAGGGCGGGGGGGCAACGCCGCCGAAGGGCCGGGAAGGAGGCACGGCAACAGCCGGCGAGGGGGAGACAGGGAGCCACAGGACGAACGAGAGGGAGGCGGGGGGGCCCAACCAGGCGGGCAAGCCCGAGCCCGAGAAGGAGAGGGGAAGGGAGAACAAAGGGGGCGGGGGGGGAGGCCGAGGGGGAGGGAGGCGGCCCCGAGGCGGCGGAGGGGCACGAAGACAAGAGGAGGGACCCGGGGAACCGCGAGGGGGAACCGGCCGCGCAAGACGAGAAGCGAGAAACGAAACAGAGCAGGGGAGGGACAGGAAGCGAGGAGACACGACAGAAGGAAGGGGGCGAGGGCCAAACGGCACCGGCAAGAAGCGGAGAGGGGGGCAAGAACAAGAACGGGGCGGGGCGGGCGCGGAAGACGGAGAGAAAGGACGAAAGAGGAAAGAAAGAAAGAAAAAACCAAGAAGCAAAGCGCACCAGCGCGGGAAGAGGGAAAGGCCGCGGGGGCGCCGGAAGGGGGCGGAAGGAGGCGGAAGAAGAGAGGGGCGACAAGGGAAAAGGGCGGAGCAAGAAAAGGGCCAGGGAGCCGCGAGCGCGGCAGACCAGGCGAGCAGGGGGCGCAGACCGCGCGGGGGAAAAAGAGCCCACAAAGAAAAGAAGGGGAGAGGACGAAAGAACAGAAAACAGAGGGGCAGAAAGAGGAACCGGGGAGGCCAGAGGCCAACGGGGCGGGGGGGCAGGAAGCGAAGAGGGCAAGGGGAGAAGGAAGGGAGGAGGAGAGGAACGAGGCCGAGAAAGGACGGGGGAGAAGAACGCGAGAAAGGGGGAGGGAAGGCGGACACAAAGGAGAAAAAAGAGAGAAGAAGCGGGCGAGGAGGAAAAGAGACGAACGGCCAAGGGGGAGACAGAACAGGGAGACACGCGACAAGCAAAGAGAAAGCGACAAGCAAAGAGAAAAAGGGGGCGGGGAAGGGGAGGCAAAGCGAGGAAGAAGGGGGGGGGGGGGAAAACGCGAAAAGGGGAAGGGGAGAAGGGGGGGGGAGGGAAGCAGAGGAGCGAAGAGAAGGAGAAGGCGGAGGGAAGAGGAGCCAGGCACGAGAGGAGAAAGGAGAAAAAAGAGAAAGGAGAAAAAAGAGAGAGCAGCGAGCAGGGGAGGCGGGCGAAGGCAGGGAGGGAAGCCGGGAGCAAAAGACCAGGAAAGGGAAGAGAACCGGGGGGGGCAAAGAGGAGGCGAAGGGGGAAAAAACAAGGGCGGGAAAAAGGGGCGCCCCCAACCGCAACGGAAAGAAAAAGCGGGCGGGGCGGGGACGGGGAGAAAAAAGGGGCAGGGAAAGGGCAAAGGGAGGGGGCGGACCGAGCCAAGAAGCAGGAAGAGAAAAGACGCGCGAAGCACGCGGGGGGGGGGGCAGAAGAAGGAGGGAGGAGAGAGGGCCGAGGGGGGCAAGGCGGAGCAGGGGAACGGCGAGGGAGGCGGGGGGGACCGAGGGGGCGAAGCCCGCGCGGGCCGGACCGGCAGGGAAGGCACCGAGGGGACGAGCACCAAGGGAGCAAAGCAGAGCAAGGGAGACAAGGAGGCCAACAGCGAGGGCCGGAGGGGGGGGGAGAGAGAGCAGCAAGGCCGAAGGGCGGGGACGCGGAAACGGAAAAGAAAAGACCAGAAAAAACCAAAAGACGGGAAGAGGCGACAAGGAAGGAAAAGAGACCGGGGGGCGAGGAGACAGAGAGGAAAGAGAAGCCGGAGCAAACCGGAGCGGACGGAACCGGAGGGGCAGGGACGGGAGGACGGGACGGAAAAAGGGGAGGAACCGCGGGGCGGGGAGGGAGGCGGACGAGAAGAAGAGGCGAGGACGAGAAAGGCAGGGAGGGGCAAACCGACCCAGGAGGAGCGAGGAGGGGAGGGACGAAGCCGGGAGAAGAGGGGGAGGGGGCAAGGGCCAAAGGGGGGGCAAGGCCGCAGGAGGGGAGGACGCGAGAGAAGGGGGAAGCAGAGCGCGGGAGGGGGGGGAGCCGGCGACGGAAGAAGAGCGCGGGGGGGGCAGCGAGAACGCGGGAGAGCGACGAGACGACCAGGCACGAAAAGAGGGCGAGGAGGCACGAAGGGACGGGCGGCAGGAAGAGGCGAAGCCAGACCCAAGCGAAAAAGGAGGGGAGCCAAACGCAGGGCAAGGAAGGGGAGGAAAACGGGACCGGGGGACCCCGGGGCGGGCGGGCAAGCCGAACGGAGGGAAGGAACGGGCGGGCGGGAAGACCAGAAGGAAAACGCAAGGGGGGGGGCGGCGAGGCGAAGACAAGAGGGAGAGGGGGCCCGGAACGCGAGGGGGGCGAAGAGCACGGGCAGCCCGAGGCCGGGAGGAGGGAGGCCGGGGAAAGCCCCAGGCGACGGAGGGGGGGGAAACGAGGGCCGCGGGAACGCGACAGAAAGACGCCGGAAGGCGGAGAGGCGGAGGGAGGAGGGACGAGGGACGAGGGCGGGGAGGGACGGACGGAAGGGAAGGGACGGAAGGGCCGAGGGAGCGGAGAAGGAAGGCGGAGCGGGGAGGGAGGGCAGGGGCAAGGGAAGGGGGGAGGGAAGGCGGGGGGCCAGACGAAACCGAAACGGAACGAGAGGAGAAAGGAAACAAAGGGGACGGAAGGAGGGGACGAGAAAGAGAAGGAAAGGAAGGGGAGAAAGACCCGGAGAGGAGAGAGGGGCGAGGAGCGAGGGGCGAGGGAAAAAAAGGAAGCCGGGGCCGGAGAGAGGGGGAAGGGCCGAGAACCGAAACGGAAGAAAGGGACACGAGGGCAAGAGGCGGGGAGGGCAAGGCAAAGGGACAGGAGCAAGCAGGGAAAAAAGGGAAGCAAAAAGGAAAAGCCAGCGAGCGGAAGCGAACCGAGGACCAGCGCAGGACAAAGGCGAGGCGCGAACCCCGGAGCGAAGCGGGCCCCCAGCACAGAAAGGGAGAGGCAGAGGAAGGCAAGAGCAAGAAACCGGGGGAAGCGGGGGGAGGAACGAGAGAGGGGAGAGAGGGCGGAAGAGGGCGGAGGCGGAGCGAGGCCGAAACGAGAGGAAGAGAGAAGGAGACGGGCAAAAGGAGAGGGGGAGGCGAAAACAGAAGGAGGCAGAGAGGAGGGCGAGGGCGGGAGCAGAAGGAGAAGCGGAAGAGGCGGAGGAGCGGAAGAAGGAGGAGAGAGGGAGAGGAAAGAGGAACGGAGAGGGAGAGGGGGGAGCGAGGCAAAGGGGAGGGGCAGGGGGCGGAAGGCACCGGAGAGGGGAAAGCAGGGGGGACAGGGCGGGGGGGGGGGAAGGAGGGAAGGAGAGAGAGGGAGGGGAGGCGAGAGCGAGAGAAGAGAGAGGGGGCAGGCGAGAGGGAGGGCCAAGGGGGGGGGACGGCGAGGAGGAGGGAGAACGAAGAAGACAGGCCGGCGCGGGGAGGCGGACGGGGCGGCGGAAAGGAGGGAAGACAAAAAAAAAAGAAGCGACCGGGCGAGGAGGGCAAAGGGAGGGGAAAAAGGACAGAAAGAGAGACAGAGAGCGAGAGGGCGAGAGGAGGGGGGGAGAGAGGCAGCGAGAGGGAAGGGCGGAGACAGAAAAGAGAAAAGCAGGGGAGACCAAAAACGCAGCGCCGGGGCCGAGAAGCGCCGGGCCGAGAGGAGGGAAGAAAGCAAAGAGGAGAAAACGCGGGGGGGAGAGAGGAAGCAGGAGCGAAGGAAGGGAAGGGGGCGAGGAGAAAGGAAAGAAAGAAAAGAGGGAAGGAGACAGCACAACGAGAGCGGCAGCGCAAAACAAAAAGAAAGGGGGAGAGGGCGAAAGCGGGAGACGCGACGGACGGAAGGGGAGGGAGCCGGGGGAGGGAAACGGACGAAGGGAGAACGGGCAAAGGCAGAGAAACCCGGGAAGGAAAAAAAGGGGCAAGCCGGAGCCAAAGCCGGGGGGCCGAAAACAAACAAAAGGGCAGAAAAAAAGGAGAGGGGCAGAGACGCAAGGGAAGCGGGGCGAACAAAGGGAGGGCGCGGGAGGGAAGAAAGAAGGGAAGAAGCAGGGAAGGGAGGAAAGCAGGCACGCCAGAGGAGAGGCGGAGAGAGCGGGGGACGAACGGAGGAAGCGGACGAGAAGAAAGAGAGAGGCCGGGGCGACAGGGCAAGACCGGCAACAAGGAAAGGGCGAGGAAGAGGAAAAGCCGGCGACGGGAAAAAGCGGGAGGGGGCAAGGCCCGCGAGCCCCAAAAGCCGAGGGGACGCCCCAACGGGGGAGCCCAGCCGGGGGGGCAGGCGCAGGGGCGGGGCAAAAGGCCGGAGCGGGCGCAGGCACGCGAGGCGGGGACAAAGGGAGCGGAGCGGAAAGGGCGGGGGCGGAGCACACGCCGGGGGAGGGAGAGGGGAGACACGGACAAAGGACCAGCGGGGAGGGGGAGCAAGGAAGCCCCAGGGGAAGGAGGCACAAGCAAGAGAAGGACGCAGACGGAAACGGACAAAGGCAGCGGGGGAAGAGCGAAGAAAGGCCGGGACGGGGAGAAAACGGGGGAAGCCGCGGGGGGGCGGGGAAGGGACAGAGACCCCAGCAGCGAAGAAAAGGAGGAGGCGACGGGGGGAAGGGGCGGGAGAGCGCAGCGGGGAGAGCAGAGGACGGAAAAGCCGCGGGGCACCAGGGCAAAGCGGGGGCCGGGCACAGGAGGAAGGGGAGGAGGCGCGCGGCGCGAGAAGCGGGCGAAAGCAAGGGAGAGGAAGCGACAGACAGAGGCGGGGAAGCAAAGACAGAGCCGGGCGGCGAGAGAGACCCCAGCCGGGGGAGAGAGGGGGAAAGGGGAGGAAGAGGCGAGACGCCGCGGGGGGCGGGGCGGCGCGGGCAAGGGGAAGACAGCAGAGGCAGAGAGAGGCGAGGCGAAAGGGGAAGAAGGGGGGGGGAAAAGCGCAAAGGGGGAAGCCGGGGGGGGAAAGAGAGAAAGAGGCCACAAAGAACAAAGAAAGGGAGAAGCCGGGACCGGGCGGGGGGGGAGGGGCCGGCAGAGGGGAGGGCGGCAGGCCCCCGACAGGACGGGCGCGAACCCGGCGAAGGAAGGGGCGCAGGACAAAGGGCCGGAGGCAGAACGCGGGGGGGGCAGCCGAGGGGGGGGCGCAGGCGAACGAAGGAGCGGCCAAAGAAAGGGGAGAAGGCCAAGGAAGCCGGGGGGGGAGCCGAGCCGAGCAAGAAGGCCCGAAAGGAGACCGGGGGAAGCGAGAGCAGAACGGAAAAGGCGGAAAGAGCGGAAGAAGGAGCGAAGGCGAAAGGAGGGGCGGAGCAGGCAAGGAGCGGCGGGGAGGGCAGAAAAAGGGGGGGCAACGGAAGCCGGACGGAAAGGCCAGCCGAGCCAACGGGCAGGCAGGAAGAGACGGGGCAAGCGCGGAGGAGGAGCAGAAGAAAGGCCCAACAGAGCAGAAGACGCGCGGGCGGGAAAAGCCGCACGGGGCCAAAGCCAGAAAACAGAGGGAAGGCGAGAAGGCGGCCGGGAGGCAAAGACGGGGAGGCAGACCGCGGCCGGGGGGGAGGCACCAGAGGCGAGGCGCGGAACACCAGACGCGAGGCGCGGAAGAGGAGACACACGAGCGAACAGGCCGCCAGGGGGACAGCAGAGGCACAGGGAGAGCGGAGAGAAGGGGAACCAGAGACAGAGAAAAGGACAGCAACGGAAGGCCAAGCCGCGGGCGGAGGGGGAAAGGCGCGAGGCCGGGGAAGCAAAGCCCAAAGAGCGAGGAAGGAGCCCAGGCGGGACGAGCCAAACAGACAAAAAACGCGGCAGCGGGGGAGCGCGCCGGCAGGGGGAGGGGAGAAGGAGGGCACAGGGGCGAGGAAAGGGAGGAAGAGGGACCGGCGAGGGGGAGGGGGACCAAAGAAGCCGGCCGAAGGCACGAAGGCGGGGGAAGAGACGGAAGGGGGAGGGGAAAAGCGGGGCCGGGGCAGGAGGGAGCGAGGAAGGAGAGGGGGGGGAGAAAGGAAGCGGGGAGCAGAAGGCCAGGAGGAAGACGGCGGCCAACACGAAACGGGGGAGGGGAGGAAAACACCGAGGCGCGCGGGGAGACGGCAG